AUGAAUUUUUUUCUUUUAUUUCCAUUUUUGUUAAUUAAUUUUUAUUAUUUCACAAACGGUGAAAAAGCGACAGUUGCACAAUGCGAAACUGUGAUGGAAUAUCGUGCAGAUGAUCACUGCGUAUGCUGGACUGAUGUUACUGAAUGUAUAGACUCGUUCGCAGUUAAAAGAGCAUGUACAAAAGAAACUUAUCCGAAACAUUUUUUUGAUGAAGCGUGUGAUAAAAUAUAUUCUAAAUGCUCUUCAACGGAAAAUGAUUGUGAAAUUGUUGUUUGUGCAUGUUUUGAAAUGUUUGUUGAUUGUUUGGUCCAAAAUAAAUGCGGAAAUAUAACAAGAUUGCUCGACAGUCCUUUAUCAGAUAAACGUGUUCGAGCAUCUGAUACAAUUUUUGGUCUUAGCAAUUUAUUUAAUGAACAUUUUGAAAAAAUUGGAUAA